AUGCGGCAGGUCAUGGCUGUUCGAGAGCUCUGUCUAACUUAUAAAGAUAUUUCAAGUCUACUAGAGGUCCCACUGGAUCCCAGUAUUUCAUCACUGAAUCUUCACUUUAACCGUCUCACAAAGAUUGAGUGUCCUGGGGAAGAAGAGGAGCUGGUGAGCCGCCUUGACCAGGCUGGAGGUGUUUGUGGUCCAGGACAGGUCCUCCUAAAUGGUGGUUCCUAUGAACCUGAAGCUGAAGAUACGUUCAAUAAUCAUCCCGUUAAUGUGGAUGAGGUCAUGCGUGCUUCCUUUCUCCUUCCUGAAGUUCACAAUGAGCUCCUUUGUCUUGCUGGUGUUGUGGAGCAGGUGGUUGUCAGCGCAUCAUGCGGCCAGGUAUUGCUGGAGCAAGAUGAGCAGAUCCAUAAACUUCUUGAUGAGAAUGUACAGGACAAGCGGAAGCUGAAACAGCAGCUGGAGGAGGAAAUGGCCUCUGAAAAGGCAGAGCUGUUGAACAGGCUUGAGAGCCAGGUGAAGCGAAUGAAGGAGGGUUUUGAUUCCAAAGAGAUAAUGCUGAUAGAGGAAAGAGUCAAGGCUUCACAAGCACACGGAGCGGCAAUGGAGAAGCUUCACAGUGUGGACGAUGCAUUCCAUAGACAACUGGAAUCUCUGCAAGCUUCCCAUCAGACUGAAAUACCUAGUCUUGCGAAUGACAAACAGAAACAAAUAGAAAAAGCCAAUAAGAAGGUGCUCCUGGUGGAAGAGGAAAUGUGCCAGCUGCUUGAGGAAGCUGAGAGUAAUAAAAGGGUAAUGGAGGAGAAAAUUAGAUGCCUCACACAAGUGCUGAAAGACUUCCUACCCAUUACAAACCGAAGACAAAAACGUGGAAAUGCCCUUUUCAAGACUUAUGACACUUAUGUCUCUAUGUAGCCUACUGGAAGUUUUUUUUUUUUGGCUUUAUGCUUCAUAUUAUAUAAAAUUUUGAAAGUGUGAAACUUCUGUCUUAUUACAAAAUCAUUAAUAUAUAUGUAUAUAAUCUAAAACUUUUGUACCUUCAGCAUAAAACAUUAUAUACUGCAUUUUUAUAUACCAUAGGCUUUUUAAAAAUUAUAUAAUGAAAUUAUAAACUCCUUGUUACGCUG